GGUACUUAUCCACCUGUGAUUCAUUUUAUAUAGCUUUUAUUGGUAGAUAUUGACACUUACGUUAAUAGUGUUACUUGAUAGAAGAUUUAGUUCAAAGACUAUGAAAGAAAAGAAUGACAAGGAAACACACACUUCUAGGCCAAGCGUGUGGUGGUGGUGGUGUGUAAUGCCACAGUCAUGAAAGGGAUUUAUGAAAGAUAAAAUUAUAGAGGCAGAAGCUUGAUUGCAUAGAAAAAUGUUCCUUUGUUUCAUUAAAAGCUUAUGAAAAUGGCCAAGGAAGCAGGAAAUAAACUAUAGGUUCCUAACAAAAUGAGCACACACACAGUGAGCUCAUUUUUGGCAUGUGGUUGUAAAAUGAGAGAAAAGAGCCCAUGUGAGUAUGACCUAUCUGCUCCUGCAAGUAUAUAAAGGGCUUAGAAGACGAGAUUACAUUCAUACUUGAAAAAUUUUCUCUUAUCCUGUAACUGAAACCUCACUGCCUGACACCAUGUGUUGCAGCUACUACGGAAACUCCUGUGGAGUCUGUGGAUACGGCUCUGGCUGUGGCUACGGUUAUGGCUACAGAUCUGGCUGUGGAUAUGGCACUGGCUGUGGCUAUGGCUGUGGAUACGGCACUGGCUGUGGCUAUGGUUGUGGAUAUGGCUCUGGCUGUGGAUAUGGCUGUGGAUAUGGCACUGGCUGUGGCUAUGGCUGUGGCUAUGGCUGUGGCUAUGGCUGUGGAUACGGCUCUGGCUGUGGAUAUGGCUGUGGAUAUGGCUCUGGCUGUGGAUAUGGCUGUGGAUAUGGCUCUGGCUGUGGGUAUGGCUGUGGAUAUGGCUCUGGCUGUGGAUAUGGCUGUGGAUAUGGCUCUGGCUGUGGGUAUGGCUGUGGAUAUGGGUCUGGCUGUGGCUAUGGCUGUGGAUAUGGCUCUGGCUGUGGAUCUGGCUCUGGCUUCUGUAGCUACCGACCCUUUUGCUAUAGAAGGUGCUAUUCUUGCUGUUAAUCACAAGGGCAAGUCAGGCUUUGUCACCGAAAAGAAUGCAUUAAAAAAGAGUCCAAAUGAAGUUCUUUCUAUCCAUUAACUUCAAAUCAAAGUAAAGGUUAAUUACUGUCUGGUCAGCAUCAGAAUUUAUGUAAAAACUUCAACUUGCAAUUGGUAGAAUAUAUAGGUUUAUCAUUUCCUUGAAGACACAUCUUGUUUGUUAACUCUUCAAAUGCAAUUAUAAACUUCUUAUUUCUGCUGUAGCUGUUGUUACAACCACUGAAAAUCUGUAAUUAUCGAAUACUAAAAUGAAGUGAAAAUAAU